GUAAAGGUGUGUUCUUGCCACAAACUGGAGCUCUUGAGUAGUGUCGACCUCUGACUAGAACAAACCACAAAGUUCAUCACAGUCUUCAUACAACCUUCAUCACUUCGUCUCAGCCAUUGGAAAUGGAAAGCAUGCAGGAGUUGAUCCCCUUCGCCAAAGAGAUGCUGAGUCAGAAACCCAGCUGUGGUCUGCUGAAGGUCUACCUGGUGGGUUCGGUGUUUGCAGUGUUGGGGACGGUAAUUGGCCUGGUCGAGACCGUGUGCCACCCCUUCUCCUCUGGUGAGCCCAUGGACGCAGAGAUGGUCCUCAUGUUGGCCCGGGAGCAAAGAACUGUUGAGGCCGAGAUACAGAGGGAUGCAAGGGGUCAGGAGGAGGAGGAGGAGGAGGAGGAUGAGGAGGAGAAGCUGACUCAUGAAAAAGGGGCCGUGACCCAGACCACCAACCUCUACAAGACCCAUAAACCCAUCCAGCGGAGCAUGGCCAACCGGCUGCAUGCUUCCUAAAGCCAAAGGGUCAGCCCCUAGUGACUUGAGAUAUUUAUCAGGGAACUGGUCCUGCCACACCACCGACUUGUGCAACACGUACAUAAUCUGAAGCUUUAGAGAAAGAUGUGUCUGAGCUGCCUGCCAUUCUAUGCUGCUUUUUAAUGACGCCUUUAGGUGCAGUUGGAAAUGUUCUAAGUAUGCCUUUUAUGCAUUGGAUGCACAUGAAAGACCCCGGAAGGCUCUAGUGGCAGCCUACAUGGGAGAGUUGAGACUUUUGGACAGACCUCAUGUCAAGAAUAUAGUAAAUAGUAUAAGAGAAGUGCACAUUCACUCAGUACGACAGGGAUUUGGAUCCUCCAGUUGGAACCCUGAUUGCUCAGCAAACAUUAGAAUUGUUAUUUCUCGCAUAUUCAUCCUUGGAGUAAGGUUUCUUUACUAUGUGAAUCUAGUCAGGGUUAAAAGAUAUGAAAAUUCCUAAAAGAGCCCUGAAAUAUAUGUGUGCUACAUAAAACCCCUUUUUUAAAUAUUCUGCUGCUGAAACACAAAGUUUAGUUUCUACAAAAAAAAAAAAAAAAAAAUGAAAACAGCAGACAGACAAAAAACAAGGUUCAUUUUGUUCAUAUUUAACAAUCCAAAGUUGGGAGGCUAAAAUUAGGGAGUUUAAGAGAAGUACCUGAAGGCAGCGUGGUGUUGAGAGCCUGCCUGGCUGGUAAGCUGCUGUGUAGCACCGCCUGUUGUCUGGUGGGUGUAUCUAAUCGGCCCAUCCUCCCACUCACUGUGUUCAAGGAGAGCAGUGUUAUGCUGUGUGUAUAUACUGUAAAUAUACAAUCUUUUUCAUACCAAUAAAGUUGAUUUUAUUUAUAAA